AUGGCUAUUGCCAUUAAAGGCGAGCGUAUUAUUGGUCUCACCACGCCCGCUGAUGCUGAACGUUGGGUAGGGCCGGACACCGAGCGCGUCGAGCUUGAGGACCAGGCCAUAUUACCAGGCUUUAUCGACGCCCAUGGCCACGUCUCUUUCUCUGCGCUGGCUACCAAUCUUGCCAACGUGGCUUCACCGCCGGUUGGUCCUGUCACCAAUAUCCAGGAUUUGCAGGAAACACUUAACGCAUUCAUAUCCCGUCAGGGCAUACCCGAGGGUGAAUGGGUUGUGGGAAUGGGUUAUGACGAUUCGUUGAUUGCUGAACAGCGCCACCCGGAUAGAGACGAUCUCGACCAGGUCUCAACUCGCCACCCCAUCCUGCUGAUCCAUGUCUCUGGACACCUUGUUGCCGGUAACAGCCGCGCCCUGGCUCGCGGUGGCAUCAGUGCAGAGACCUCCGAUCCAGCUGGCGGCGUCAUCCGCAGGCGGCCAGACAGUCGUGAACCUGACGGCGUGCUGGAAGAAACCGCAACCUAUGCGCUGCGCAAGUACAUGACCGCACCCAACACUGACCCUAUUGGUAGCCUGACGCGUGCGCUGCAGGAUUACGCCAGUUACGGCAUCACUACGGCUCAGGAUGGCGCUGCGGGACCGGACGUGAUGACGUUGCUGGAACAAGCCAACGCGGCCGACAAGCUGCCGUUGGAUGUGAUUGCUUACCCGGUAGGACAGGCUGACGCGAUCAGCAUGGUUGAUCGUUACAAUUGGGGGGAAUAUGACAAGCGCCUGAAAGUGGCCGGUGUAAAGCUGAUUCUGGAUGGCUCACCCCAGGGCAAAACUGCCUAUCUCAGCAAGCCGUACCAUGUAACCCCACCCGGCACAGCAGAAGAUUAUGCAGGCUACCCAACCAUCACGCCUGCUCGCACAACCGAACUGGUCGGAACUUACCUGCAGAAUGAAAUCCCGAUUAUUGCCCACGCGAACGGCGACGCGGCCGCACAGAUGUUGAUUGAAGCCGUCGCCCAGGCAAGACCUGUGCAUGAUCACCGCACCGUCAUGAUUCAUGCCCAGACCGUGCGUGAGGACCAGAUUACACAGAUGAAGAUGCUCGACAUGAUCCCUUCCUAUUUCAGUGCACACACCUUCUUCUGGGGAGACUGGCACCGUGAUUCAGUUUUGGGGGAAACACGCGGCGCCAAUAUCAGCCCUACGGCCUCUACCGUGCAACGUGGCAUGGUCUUUACCGUGCAUAACGAUGCACCCAUAGUGCCGCCGGACAUGCUGCGUCUUUUAUGGGCGACAACAAACCGGGUCACACGGUCCGGGGCGGUCCUGGGACCGGAUCAAAGGGUUUCCAUAUACGAUGGGCUGCGUGCGAUGACUAUAUUUGCCGCGUACCAGCAAUUUGAAGAACAAGACAAAGGCAGCAUUGAAGUGGGUAAACUGGCAGACCUGGUUGUGUUAUCUGCUGAUCCCUUAAAAACUGAGGCUGCUGACCUGAUGUCACUUGAGGUCAAAGCAACUUACGCCAGAGGACCAACAUCACACAGCUACUUUUCUCAGCGUUUGCGCCUGCACUACGUCGAUUGGGGUAAUCCAGAUGCGCCUCCGAUGAUUCUGAUCCACGGCGGUCGUGACCACUGCCGUAACUGGGACUGGGUCGCUGAGCAGUUUCGCAACGACUAUCACAUCAUUGCGCCCGACCUGCGUGGCCACGGCGAUAGCGAGUGGAUGCGUGGCGGCUCUUACAACCAGGUGGACUACGUCUACGACAUUGCGCAGUUGCUGGACCAGAAAGGCAUGGCCCCGGUGACCGUCAUUGGACACUCCCUGGGUGGCUCAAUUUCACUUUUGUAUACCGCUCUGUUUCCACAGAAUGUCAAAAAGCUGGUGUCCAUCGAAGGUAUGGGGCCGCCGCCGGCUAUGGUGGAAGAGCGUAUCAAUCAACCGAUGGACAAACGUCUGCACGAUUGGAUGGGCGAUCUGCGCAAACUUUCCGGACGACUGGUACGUCGCUACGACACGCUGGAAGAGGCGUUUCAACGCAUGCAGGCGGAAAACCCACAUUUAUCUGAAGCCCAGGCCAGACAUCUGACCAUUCACGGCAGCAAUCAGAACGAAGACGGCACCUUCUCGUGGAAGUUUGACAACUACGUACGCACAUUUUCCCCGAUCGGUGUGCCCAUCGAAGAAACCUGGCGCAUGUACGGCAACAUUACCUGCCCAACGCUUUUGGUACGCGGCCUGGAAUCCUGGGCCAGCGAUCCAAUCGCUGACGGGCGCGCCAAGCACUUCACGUGUCCCUUAGAAGUUGAAGCGUUUGGUAAAGCCGGGCAUUGGACUGACAUGAGCGAGCGCGCCACCGCCUUACAUAACAGCCCCUGGCUCGGCACCUUUUAUGUUACCGGUGGCGGUGCCAGCUUUCUUGCGGAAACUUUAAAUACCGCCGGCGCUUCAGCCACAGUGCUAGAAGUGGUUGUACCCUACGCGAGUCAAGCAAUGACCGAGUUGCUGGGACGCGCACCGGAACAGGCGGUUUCCGCCACCACCGCAAGACAGCUGGCGAUCACUGCUUUUGAGCGAAGCGAAUCCCUCACCAGGCUGGACGCACCAGCGGCAGGAAAAAAAAAGCUGUUCGGCUUCGGCUGCACCGCAUCGCUGGCAACCAAUCGAGUUAAGCGGGGUGCACAUCGAGCGCAUUGGGCCAUUCAAACCGCGGUAGACACCUAUACCUUCAGCGCGGACUACAAUGGAGAUCGCGACAGCGAAGAAGCGCUGCUGCGCGAGCAGAUCUGGCAGACCAUUGCGCACUGCCUGCUUGAUCACAAUAUUGAAUUUGACGACAACCUGGUUGAACUGCACGCACGUGCGAACCCGCCGUUGCGGCCUUUGUUAGACGAAUCGCCCUACAAACAUGCCGUGGGUGAUUCAGACGGCAGCUUACUGCUCCCCGGAUCGUUCAACCCGGUACACGACGGUCAUAAACAGAUGUUGUCUAUUGCCGAGGGUCUGACCGGAUUGCAGGGUGCGUUUGAACUGGCGGUGAAAAACGCCGACAAACCCAGCCUUGAUUACCUGACCAUGGAGGAGCGCAUCGAAGGCAUUGGUGAUACCCCUCUGUGGUUAACCAACACACCCAACUUCGAAGGCAAAGCCAACCUGUUCAAAGGCACAACUUUUGUGGUCGGGGUAGAUACGCUGGCGCGGAUCGGACACUCACUUUGUGGUGUUCGGCCGCCUGAUUGGUGA